UGUUUUCUUGAUCUCACAGAGGCACGUAAUAAGUAACUUGAGCUGUGAAUGUAAAGGAGCAAAUGUGACUUUCUUUCCCCCCAUCAUAUCUAACCCAGCGACGCUGUACUGCUCUGCUGCCACUGUUUUGCCACUGAGUCCUGGGAGGUUAAAUGAAGUGAUGUUCAAAAGAACAUGCCGACCUACUUUUAUCCCUCUGGGUGUCAGCGUGUUGGGGUGUUAGGGAUAAACCGCAGCCCAGGCUCAUUUGGGCCUGAGGUUGACAGGUGACUGGCCUCUUCCCUGCUUCAGAUAGCUGAUCUGUCAACACACAAACACACACCCUGUGGCCUGGCCUCUUCCCUGCUUCAGAGAGCUGAUCUGUCAACACACACACACACACACACACACACACAAACCUUGUGAUCUGGCCUCUUCCCUGCUUCAGAGAGCUGAUCUGUCAACACACACACACAACCUGUGGCCUGGCCUCUUCCCUGCUUCAGAGAGCUGAUCUGUCAACACACACACACAACCUGUGGCCUGGCCUCUUCCCUGCUGCAGAGAGCUGAUCUGUCAGAGGAUUUCCUCCUGCUGCUGACACCAGGACACCAGCCACAGGCUAGGACUGAGGACUGGCACGCAGAGCCCUGCUGAGCUCAGUUUCCUGACACCCGAACACACACACACACACACACACACACACACACACACACACACACACACACACACACACACUACUUGUACACAUCUAUGUAUGAACAAAAAGGCAUGAACCAAAACGAUAACAAACUGGUCCUGUAUGAACCUACAUUAUAACAUACUGGUCCUGUCUGAACCUACAAUAUAACAAACUGGUCCUGUCUGAACCUACAUUAUAACAAACUGGUCCUGUCUGAACCUACAAUAUAACAAACUGGUCCUGUCUGAACCUACAUUAUAACAAACUGGUCCUGUCUGAACCUACAUUAUAACAAACUGGUCCUGUCUGAACCUACAUUAUAACAAACUGGUCCUGUCUGAACCUACAUUAUAACAAACUGGUCCUGUCUGAACCUACAUUAUAACAAGCUGGUCCUGUCUGAACCUACAAUAUAACAAACUGGUCCUGUCUGAACCUACAAUAUAACAAACUGGUCCUGUCUGAACCUACAAUAUAACAAACUGGUCCUGUCUGAACCUACAUUAUAACAAACUGGUCCUGUCUGAACCUACAUUAUAACAAACUGGUCCUGUCUGAACCUACAUUAUAACAAGCUGGUCCUGUCUGAAUCUACAAUAUAACAAACUGGUCCUGUCUGAACCUACAAUAUAACAAACUGGUCCUGUCUGAACCUACAUUAUAACAAACUGGUCCUGUCUGAACCUACAUUAUAACAAGCUGGUCCUGUCUGAAUCUACACGAUAUCAAACUGGUCCUGUCUGAACCUACAUGAUAACAAACUGGUCCUGUCUGAACCUACAUGAUAACAAACUGGUUCUGUAUGGCUCAGUUGACAGAGCAUGUUGAUUGCAACAGUAGGAUUGUGGGUUCGAUUCCCAGGUCAACCCAUAUGUAGAAAUGUAUGUUGCUUUGGAAAAGUGUCUGCUAAAUGUCAUACACAUAAUAUAUUAAAAUAUACAGUACACCAAGCUGUAUUCUACUAUCUACCCACCUCUAUCUACAGUAUCUCUGUGAGGCAAUGCUCUGUCUGGCCCCAAGGGCCUGGCUGUCUCCGGUCUACUGAUUAGUAGAUUAGUUGGAAGAUAGUUGCUGAAUUGUGGUCAUAAUGUGUUACUAUACGCUUCAUAUAACUGACUGUUACUGCCGGUCCUGAAUACAGUAUGACAUGUUCAAAGAUUUCAAUUUGAACAUACAUUUUUUUAUGUUUUUGAGAGACCAGAGAGUAUCUGUGAUGGUUUAUAGUGUGAAAGAGGUUUGUAUUGAAUGUAUGAAAACAUCAACGUGGGAUAAAUGUGUGUUAGAGGCAACACUCUUCCUUGUACCACCAUGUGGGUUGGCUCCCACACAACACCCACUUCCUGUAGAAUGAGGACCUGUCAGAUAGAGCCUCCCCUCAUCAGUACAAUCCCCCUCCACCCCAGACCACAAUGCUAUGCUGACAGACACUCACAAACACCUUGCCACUCUCAGACAUAGAGCUUGGGGCAGCGAUGGGGUAGAUCAGACACACCUGUCUGUGGAUGUCAUGGUUCUCCAUCUCACCUCGAGGGUAGUCUGUGUCUGGCUCUGGAUCAUAGCAGGCUGGGUGAACGUACUGGGGCAGGGGAUUAUAGAUGAGGCUGUCCCUCACCUGUCAAAGAAAGAUGUGUUGUUGUUGGCUGGUGAUGCAGAUCCAAAGUGUUUUACCAGGACACAGUAUGACUUCACCUGUUUCUGGGAGACACCAGGCAACACAGCUUAUGACUUCUUCUACAGGAAUGAUAAUGAGGAAAAGGAGAAGCGGUGUAAACUGACUCUCCAGAGGACAGAGAAGGGGGAGGAAGAGGAGGAGGAGGGGAAGGUUCUCCACAUCUGCUUCUUCCCUUGCUCUGACGUCUUCCUGUUCACGCUCACACACAUCAGAGUGGUGGAGAGCAGCUCCAACUACACACUUUUCACACGCACCAUCAGCGUUGAGGACCAGGGUCUCCUGGAACCCCCUGUGAAUGUAUCCCUUCACCCAACAGGGCAAGCUGGGCAGUUGCAGGUGUCUUGGCACGCACCAAGAGAUUGGGAGAACAAUGUGCAUUAUGGGAUGCAUUACUCCUCCCAGGGACUAGGGGAGAGGACAGAACUGAUAAAGUACAUGAGGUCCCCCAUUCACAGCCUGGUUUCUCUGCUGCCAGGGGAGGUGGUCAGCGUCGAGCUGAGGGUCAAACCCAAUGGCUACAGUGAGACAGAGACCAGCGGUCACUGGAGCGACUGGUCGGUCCCCAUCACUGCCAUGGUACCUCAGAGCGCAGCUGAUAUCUCAUUGUUGUGUCAUACCUCUGACCUGCAAAACAUCACCUGCCAAUGGAAUGGGCAGUCCUACAGAGAUGCUACCUACACCUUAAACUACAAGCUGGGACCCAGUAAAAGGGAGAGUUGGAGAAAGUGUCUGCAGAAGGAGAACACCUCCUACCACUGCCGUUUCCAUGGAGCGGAGUCCAGCGAGAUACUGGUUAAACUCAGUACUGGUCCUGGUUCUCUCAAACGGACCUUCUACACUGAACCCUUCAGACUCAACAACAGCAUUCAAACAGGCCCUCCAGGGGGGCUGAGGGGGCAGUGGGAGGGGGGCAGGCUGCGUCUGAGAUGGGGCACACCCCUACUGGCUCUGUCUCUCCACCUGAUGUACCAGCUCCGCUACCAGCCUCAAGGGGAGGCCGUCUGGAAGCUGGUGACCCUGCAGGUUUCUGAGAACAGUAUUUGUCUGGACGUUCAGACUGGCAGUCAGUACUUUAUCCAGGUCAGAGCCAGGCCCAACGGGUCAGUCUACGCUGGCUACUGGAGCGACUGGUCACCCCCACUUACUGUGGACACACCUUCAGAUAUAGCAGGGGCCCUCUUCAUCAUCUGCAUUCCUCUCAUGAUGCUCAUCCUAUCAGUUGUGUUCCUCUCAAUGAUCUCCAGGUAUCUCAGUAAGCUCAAACGGUAUCUGUGGCCACCAAUCCCAAAACUUGACAAAGUACUGCACGGCUUCCUGACAGACAUCAACGGCCAGACUUGGGACCCUCCCUUCAUUAUCAAGCAAUAUUCUGAGGUGACCCCAGCCUCUGUGGUGGAGAUUAUGUCUGAGAGGGAGGCUCCAGGUGGAGGGAAGCUUCCCAGGGAGUCCUCCUUACUACUCUCCCCAGAACGAGGCUCCGCUGGCGGGGAGGAGGAAAGGCUCCCCACCCUGGCCCUGGAGCUCAGCCAGGACUACGUGACCCUGGCCACGGAUGACGGCAUCCCCUGUCUCCGAGGGAACAAGUAUGUGUAUGACGGGGAGGUGGGGGCAGAGUCUCGGAGCCUGGGGGAAGAUGAGGUUCUCCAGAUGAGGUGUCACUGCUCCUCCAACUUCCCAUCAUCCUCCAGUACCACGGACAUCCUCAACCGCUCCUACAUGCUGCUGGCCGAACAGCCUAUAGAGAGACUGGACUGUCAGGACAGCAGCAGGGCCUGCAAGCUCUAUGCCAACCUGAAGAGAACAAACUCAGCUAAUGCAAACACCUGAUUGGCACAGCUCAACAAGGGAACACAAACUGGACAGUUACAAAACAUCAAAACAAUAUCCAUUACAUCACUACCAAAACAGGUCCUUGCAUACAGCUUAUUAAAGAUGUAUUUUAUGACUAAUGGGUUAAUAUAUCAAGUGCACCCAAAUGUGGAUGAACGGAUAUGGAUUGUUAUGUUGCACGGUCAUACUAUAUACUGUAAAUAUAUAUAUUUAACUUGUCACAUAUCUGUCUAAGGUAUAUACUGUAGAGGGCAUUCAGAAAGUAUUUAGACCCCUUGAUUUUUCCACAUUUUGUUACGUUUCAGACUUAUUCUAAAAUGGAUUACAACUUCUUCAGGAUUGGUGUUGAGCUAACGUAGGCUAAUGUGAUUAGCAUGAGGUUGAAAGAAACAAACAAAAAAUACCAGGACAUAGACAUGUCUGAUAUGGGCGAAGUUUAAAUUCUUGUUAAUCUAACAGCACUGUCCAAUUUACAGUAGCUAUUCGAGUGAAAAAAUACCAUGCUAUUGUUUGAGGAUAGUGCACAAUUAUGAAAAUGUAUGAAUAAACCAAUUAGGCACA